GACGAACGAGACAUGUUUACUACUCUACCUCUGGUGGCUAACAUCUGACUUCUGGCGAGCAGUAUAAAUAAUCUCUGUCACAACUUCAGCCAGGCUUUAGUUUUUCAUUUUCUGUUUCGUAUUUCUGCCUCACUAACUCUAAUGUCAUUUCAGUCUCUGCCACUUCCUCCUGCUCUGCAUUACCUGCUGAUCCCAUUCACCUGGCCUACCCCAUCCCCAAACUCACCUGCUCCUUAUCAGCUAAUCAAGCCCUCAGUAUAUCACAAGUCAGUUCCUUGCCAGAUUGUCUUGUGUGUUACUGCCAAGCUCUCCAGCAUUUCUUAGUCUGUUUUUGCCUGUUCUGACCAGUGUUCGAACUAUACCGUGGCCAUUAUUUAUACAUUAUUUCUUCAGCUUCUUCUUAUGUUGUCACCCCAGUGGGAGGUGUGCUAACAGGGCUUGCAACAGAGCUCCACUGCAACGUUGUGUUGCCGUGAUGAUCUUAACGUUUUGAACGACUUAGAAGAAAGUUAUAAACUCCACUGACCGUGGUCCCUGCAGCAGGAGAUGCAACGGUGCAAUGAUAUAUAAAGACAUUUUCUUCCAGUGACAGUCAUCAGCUUGUUCUUCUCCUUGGUUUCAGCCAGUCAACACCUCAGCAAAGAUGGCAUCAGUCUUUCUGUUUGCUUUGUUGCUCUGUUUGUCCAGCGGACUGUUGACUGCAUAUGGUGCAGCUUCCUGGAGACAGUUUGGCUCUCGCUGUUUCGCUUUCUACAUCCAGGCAAAGACCUGGAUCGAUGCAGAGAUUGUCUGCCAGACUGCUGGUGGGAAUCUGGCUUCCAUCCACUCAGAUGCGGAACAUGCAUUCCUCAAAAACUUCAUUAUCCAAGUGAGCGGUACACAGAAAACUUCCUGGAUCGGAGGCACUGACGCAGUGAAGGAGGGUACGUGGAUGUGGAGAGAUGGAUCCAAGUUCAUCUACAAAAGCUGGAAUGCGGGGGAGCCUAACAACCGGGGAGUGGAGAACUGUCUUACGAUGAACUGGCCUGGAGGAAAUAACUGGAACGACUUGGCUUGUACCAACCAGGCUUCUUUCGUCUGCUCCAAGAACCUGUGUGUGUAACUCUACCACACCAUCAUGAUGCCUCUCCAGCUCAUCUAUAAUCUCUAUCAUUGAUUCACUUUCAGUUUGUUCAGCAGACAGAAACAGCUCUCUGCUGACAGAUGACUCACUUUCACUUGUUUAUUAUCUGAAGAGUUAGGGAACAGUUCACAUUUGGGUUUAAAAUUAGACAGAAACUGGCUCACUGAGCUGGACAAAAACUAAUCAUUAUUUGGACUUUUAAUCUACAGUAAAUAACACAAAAUGAAAUACAGAAAUUAUUUGCAUACUCACACAUCUUUUCCAUUUUAGUUUACUGAAUAUUAUCUGUUAUAAACAGCGCCCACUCAUCUGAUAAAAUAUUAACACACUAAUUAGAUUUCUAUCUGAGAGUUAUUGUUCAGAUCAAUACAACUCUCAUGUGUGAACGCUAAAUAUGAAGUUCCCUCAAGCAGGCGUUAGCCUAGCUUAGCAUAAAGACUGGAAACAGCUAGCCUGACUCCGUCCAAAGGUAAACCUACCCGACAUGAGUGGUAAUGAACUUUUUAUCCAAAAUGUCCAGAUAGAAAAUAAAAGUGUAUAUUUUGUCGGACCUUUCUGUGAUACAAGAGGAGAAUGCAACUGUAAUAACACUUCAUAAUAAUUAUUAAUAAUUCAUAUAGUCCACUGGUUUAAUGAACUGGUUCCUUUUUAUUCUUAAAACG